UGACAGGUUGACAGACAAUAGAGCCAAAAAAUAAAUAAACUUGCGAACUGUCAGCGUAUCUGAAUUUAAUAGUAAAGUUUUUAAGAAUUAAAAUAAAUUCAACAGCGUGUUUGAAACAUAGAAUCCAGUCAUAGUUACUAAAUAAGCUUGGUAUAGUCAUAAAAGUAACCAUGCCUGGCCCAGGGAAGCACUUUCGUGGCAAUCGUAAAGGUUCGAACCAUUCAAAUCCGCACACAUUGGCAUCUGUUGCGCGGGAAACUGCAGCCUCCUUGCCCGCUGACAGUCCCGUCCUGGCCAUCUUCAAGGAAGCUGCUCGCAAACUGAACGAGCGACAGGACAGACACGAGCGACUCGUCAAAUUGUCGCGCGACAUCACCACAGAGAGCAAGAGAAUCAUAUUCUUGUUGCAUUCUCCUAUGACAAAGGAAUCUGAAGAGAAAACCCUAGCUGAAGCAAAGGAACGGAUACAAAAGCUAACCAAUGGCCUGAUCAGAAGCAUUGGCUUAGAGCUAGAGUACAGUCCAGCACACCUCCACUCCCGGGCAGUCACAGCUGGCUUCCAGGAGUUCAUAGAAGCCAGGACACUGCUGUCCCUCAUGACUGACAAGAGAAUCAUCACAUACCCUGAAGUACAGAAAGAAUUUGAGUAUUACAUUUUAGAUGAUGAUUACCAACGGCCACUGGUCACCAUGUUGCCAGAAACUGAUUAUAUGUUGGGUCUGGCGGAUCUCACUGGAGAGCUGAUGAGGAAGGCUAUCAACAGCAUAUCUAGUGGAGACAGCGAUGAGUGCUUCCAUGCCUGUCAAGUUGUCAGAGAUCUUUAUACUGGUUUUUUGGGUAUAACAGGCAGUCGUCUCCUAGUCCGCAAGUUGGCAACCACGCGCGCGAACGUGAACAAAGUGGAGAUGGCGGUGUACGCGCUGCGAGUGCGCGGCGGCGAGGCGCCGGCGCCGCUGCUGGCCGCCGCCGCCAGCGCCGCCGACUGGGACGCGCCUGCGCUCUCCGAUGACGAAGGAUACUACUAAAUACUCAAAUCUGCCCGCCGAGGCUCUUUUGGAGUAAGGAGUUCCUUUUCCGAAUGUGUUAAAAAAGAAUUUGCGUCAUCUAUUAAAAGAAGAGAGGCUUACCUCCCCACUCAGAGACAUUUAAU